GGAAUCUAGAGUACUAAAGAACACCAGAACACUGAGAGAAAAGAAUUAGCGACAGCUAUCUGGAGCAAGCAAGAACUUGUCCUCUGGGAUCUCUUAUAGCUUGGGAACAGAGAUCAUGUCACAUCUGGUGGACCCUACAUCAGGAGACUUGCCAGUUAGAGACAUAGAUGCUGUACCUCUGGUGCUACCAGCCUCAAAAGGUAAGAAUAUGAAAACUCAACCACCCUUGAGCAGGAUGAACCGGGAGGAACUGGAGGACAGUUUCUUUCGACUUCGCGAAGAUCACAUGUUGGUGAAGGAGCUUUCUUGGAAGCAACAGGAUGAGAUCAAAAGGCUGAGGACGACCUUGCUGCGGUUGACCGCUGCUGGCCGGGACCUGCGGGUCGCGGAGGAGGCGGCGCCGCUCUCAGAGACCGCAAGGCGCGGGCAGAACGCGGGAUGGCGGCAGCGCCUCUCCAUGCACCAGCGCCCCCAGAUGCACCGACUGCAAGGGCAUUUCCACCGGGUCGGCCCUGCCGGCCCCCGCUGCGCCCAGCCUCGCAUCCACGUGGGACACAGACAGCUCCACACAGCCGGUGCACCGGUGCCAGAGAAACCCAAGAGGGGGCCAAAGGACAGGCUGAGCUACACAGCCCCUCCAUCGUUUAAGGAGCAUGCGACAAAUGAAAACAGAGGUGAAGUAGCCAGUGAACCCAGUGAACUUGUUUCUCGUUGUAACAGCAUAAUUUCUUUCAGCGGUGUCAUAAGUAUGGCUAAACCCAUUGGUCUAUGCAUGCCUAACAGUGCCCACAUCAUGGCCAGCAAUACCAUGCAAGUGGAAGAGCCACCUGAGUCUCCUGAGAAAAUGUGGCCUAAAGAUGAAAAUUUUGAACAGAGAAGCUCAAUGGAGUGUGCUCAGAAGGCUGCAGAGCUUCGAGCUUCCAUUAAAGAGAAGGUAGAGCUGAUUCGACUUAAGAAGCUCUUACAUGAAAGAAAUGCUUCAUUGGUUAUGACAAAAGCACAAUUAACAGAAGUUCAAGAGGCAUACGAAACCUUGCUCCAGAAGAAUCAGGGAAUCCUGACUGCAGCCCAUGAGGCCCUCCUCAAGCAAGUGAAUGAGCUCAGGGCAGAGCUGAAGGAAGAAAGCAAGAAGGCUGUGAGCUUGAAGAGCCAACUGGAAGAUGUGUCUAUCUUGCAGAUGACUCUGAGGGAGUUUCAGGAGAGAGUUGAAGAUUUGGAAAAAGAACGAAAAUUGCUGAAUGACAAUUAUGACAAACUCUUAGAAAGCAUGCUGGACAGCAGUAGUCAGCCCCACUGGAGCAACGAGUCCAUAGCGGAACAGCUACAGCAGCAAGUCUCUCAGCUGCAGGAUCGGCUGGAUGCUGAGCUGGAGGAGAAGAGAAAAGUUUUACUUGAGCUGUCCAGGGAGAAAGCCCAAAAUGAGGAUCUGAAGCUUGAAGUUGCCAACAUACUUCAGAAGCAUAAACAGGAAGUAGAGCUCCUCCAAAAGGCAGCCACAAUUUCCCAACCUCUUGACAGGCAAUCUGAACCAGCCGCUCACCCAGCUGUAUUGCAAGAGAACACUCAGAUCAAGCCAAGUGAACCCAAAAACCAAGAAGAAAAGAAACUGUCCCAGGUGCUAAAUGAGUUGCAAGUAUCACACGCAGAGACCACACUGGAACUAGAAAAGACCAGGGACAUGCUUAUUCUGCAGCGCAAAAUCAACGUGUGUUAUCAGGAGGAACUGGAGGCAAUGAUGACAAAAGCUGACAAUGAUAAUAGAGAUCACAAAGAAAAGCUGGAGAGGUUGACUCGACUACUAGACCUGAAGAAUAACCGUAUCAAGCAGCUGGAAGGUAUUUUAAGAAGCCAUGACCUUCCAACAUCUGAACAGCUCAAAGAUGUUGCUUAUGGCACCCGACAGUUGUCAUUAUGUUUGGAAACACUGCCAGCCCAUGGAGAUGAGGAUAAAGUGGAUAUUUCUCUGCUGCAUCAGGGUGAGAAUCUUUUUGAACUGCACAUCCACCAGGCCUUCCUGACAUCUGCCGCCCUAGCGCAGGCUGGAGAUACCCAACCUACCACUUUCUGCACCUAUUCCUUCUAUGACUUUGAAACCCACUGUACCCCAUUAUCUGUGGGGCCACAGCCCCUCUAUGACUUCACCUCCCAGUAUGUGAUGGAGACAGAUUCGCUUUUCUUACACUACCUUCAAGAGGCUUCAGCCCGGCUUGAUCUACACCAGGCUGUGGCCAGUGAACACAACACUCUUGCUGCAGGAUGGAUUUGCUUUGACAGGGUGCUAGAGACUGUGGAGAAAGUCCAUGGUUUGGCCACACUGAUUGGAGCUGGUGGAGAAGAGUUCGGGGUUCUAGAGUACUGGAUGAGGCUGCGUUUCCCCAUAAAACCCAGCCUACAGGCAUGCAAUAAACGAAAGAAAGCCCAGGUCUACCUGUCAACCAGUGUGCUUGGAGGCCAGAAGGCCCAGGAAGAGGAGUUCAGAUCGGAGUCUUGGGAACCUCAGAACGAGCUGCGGAUUGAAAUCACCAAAUGCUGUGGCCUCCGGAGUCGAUGGCUGGGAACUCAACCCAGUCCAUAUGCUGUGUACCGCUUCUUCACCUUUUCUGAUCAUGACACUGCCAUCAUUCCAGCCAGUAACAACCCCUACUUUAGAGACCAGGCUCGAUUCCCAGUGCUUGUGACCUCUGACCUGGACCAAUAUCUGAGACGGGAGGCCUUGUCUAUACAUGUUUUUGAUGAUGAAGACUUAGAGCCUGGCUCGUAUCUUGGCCGAGCCCAAGUGCCUUUACUGCCUCUUGCAAAAAAUGAAUCUAUCAAAGGUGAUUUUAACCUCACUGACCCUGCAGAGAAACCCAACGGAUCUAUUCAAGUGCAACUGGAUUGGAAGUUUCCCUACAUACCCCCUGAGAGUUUCCUGAAACCAGAAGCUCAGACUAAGGGGAAGGAUAGCAAGGACAGUUCAAAGAUCUCAUCUGAAGAGCAAAAGUCUUCAUUUCCUUCCCAGGAUCAGAUGGCAUCUCCUGGGGUUCCCAUUGAAGCUGGCCAGUAUCGAGCAAAGAGAAAACCUCCUCAUGGGGGAGAAAGAAAGGAAAAGGAGCACCAGGUUGUGAGCUACUCAAGAAGAAAACAUGGCAAAAGAAUAGGCGUUCAAGGAAAGAAUAGAAUGGAGUAUCUUAGCCUUAACAUCUUAAAUGGAAAUACACCAGAGCAGGUGAAUUACACUGAGUGGAAGUUCUCAGAGACUAACAGCUCCAUAGGUGAUGGCUUUAAAAAUCAGCACAAGGAAGAGGAAAUGACAUUAUCCCAUUCAGCACCGAAACAGAAGGAACCUCUACGUCCUGUAAAUGAUAAAGAAUCCUCUGAACAAGGUUCUGAAGUCAGUGAAGCACAAACUACAGACAGUGAUGAUGUCAUAGUGCCACCCAUGUCUCAGAAAUAUCCUAAGGCAGAUUCAGAGAAGAUGUGCAUUGAAAUUGUCUCCCUGGCCUUCUACCCAGAGGCAGAAGUGAUGUCUGAUGAGAACAUAAAACAGGUGUACGUGGAGUACAAAUUCUACGACCUACCCUUGUCGGAGACAGAGACUCCAGUAUCCCUAAGGAAGCCUAGGGCAGGAGAAGAAAUCCACUUUCACUUUAGCAAAGUCAUAGACCUGGACCCACAGGAGCAGCAAGGCCGAAGGCAGUUUCUGUUCGACAUGCUGAAUGGACAAGAUGCUGAUCAAGGACAUUUAAAGUUUACGGUGGUAAGUGAUCCUCUGGAUGAAGAAAAGAAAGAAUGUGAAGAAGUAGGAUAUGCAUAUCUUCAACUGUGGCAGAUCCUGGAGUCAGGAAGAGAUAUUCUAGAGCAAGAGCUAGACAUUGUUAGCCCUGAAGAUCUGGCUACCCCAAUAGGAAGGCUGAAGGUUUCCCUUCAAGCAGCUGCUGUCCUCCAUGCUAUUUACAAGGAGAUGACCGAAGAUUUGUUUUCAUGAAGGAACAAGUGCUAUUCCAAUCUAAAAGUCUCUGAGGGAACCACAGUAAAAAGUCUCUUAUAAAGUUAGCUUACUAUAACAUGAA